GUCAAUCAGCGCAGCGCCUACCGCCGCCUGAACCGCUCUGAACUGGCAUCUGCCCUCCUUGCAGACUGUUGCGUCCGGCGGUGUCCCCGGCCGCGGGAGCUCCUUCCGGGCGGCCUCUCCGCUUGGUGACGCCGAAGUGGCGUCCGGCCAGUACCCGUCCCUCUCGGUCUGCGGCGGGGCCCAGAGCGAGAUGUCGGCGCCGUAGCUCUGCAGGGCGGCCACCAUGGCGGUGGCGCCGUCAAUGACAUUGGCGAGGUCGGCGAGGAAGGCCAUGGCAUCCGUCACCUGCUGGGUAUCGUUGACGCCCUUGAGGGCGUUCCAACAAUUGGUAGAGCUCCGCGGCGCGCGGGCGAGCAAGUUGGAAAGAGGAAGGGAGUAGGAAAUCGGUCAGGGUCGGAGGCGGCGCCUGGAUCUCCUCUGGAACGCCACCGACCUCCCGCGCCACCGACGUCGCCGCUGCCGUCCGCAGCGCAGCAGGAUGGGAGGGAGGCGGUUUCUGUUGAAGCCUCUAUAGGAGGUUCCUUAAUUUUAGGCGUGGGCCGGUUGACUGCCAUUUCCACCGCAGCCCGAUCUCCCGGCUCAUGAGCCGGUCUGAUGUUGAACCGGCGAACGACCGAAGAAUCCCACCUCGCGAGCGAGGCCCGUGCGACCCUCUUAAGACGCAAUCAUGGCUUCUUCCUCUACCUUCGAGGGGGAAGGAGAAUGGCGAGGCGAUCGCAUCUGACGGAGAUCGGAUGCAUAGCCUGCGACGAACUCGCGGAGCUCGGAGCCGGAGAUAGGGAGGGCUGGCUCGACGAUCCCUCCCUUCUUGCCGCUCUCCACUCUUACUCUCUUGCCGUCGCCUCCGCUGCCCGUCCCCUUGUCCUCGUCCUCGGUUGGGACCCCGAUCGCCGAUCCCCCUCUUCCCCUCGUCAUCCCGUCAAGAUCCAUCCCUCACUCUCACCCUCCGACGGCCGGAUCACUGCCCUCGAGUGGCUCCCCUUCGGCGACCUCCUGGCCCUCGCCCUCGGCACCUCCUCUGGUCUCCUCCUCUUUUACUCCGUGGGCGGGGAUCUGAUUCACAAGCAGUUUGUUCACCCUGGGCGUGUUUUGAGGCUUCGAUUUCGUGAAACUGAAAGCAAAGGCGGCUUUGCACAAGAUUCCGUUUCUGAGGAGCUCUGUGUGGUCUUGCCUGGGGUUGUUGCUCGCUUUGAUGGCACAGAUAUCCAGAGCUUGCUUCGGAGAUGGCUUCAAGAAGCUGGGUCAAGAAUGUGGGAGAAUAGCCGUCACAAAUUGGAGUCAGAGGAUGAAAUUUCUUAUGGGAAUAUACCUUUUCAGCUUUGGAAUGUGGGGAAGUUUGGGAAUUGUUCUGAUGCAGCUAUCACGGGGGUAAAGCCACCACCACUCUUGGAGCUCCAGUCAAGUCAGCGCUACUAUGGUGCGGUUACUGUUGGAGACAAUUCCGUGAUAUCUGCUUAUAGGCUUUCAGAGGAUAGGAGUAGAUCUUUAGUCGGAACUAUUCUCUCGAAGGUUGUCCCAGUUACAUUCUCAACCAUUGCAUCAUUUUCAAAACUGAUAUGGCGAAGUGAGCAAAGUGCAACAAGAAAGUCUCAUCCAACCUCGCAGCCAUUUGCUAAAGCAUCUCCUUUAACAUGUCUCAAAGACCCUCCAAGAAAGGGAGAGAAACUUACCUUGUCUCCAAGUGGCACCUUGGCUGCAAUAACAGAUUCUCUUGGAAGGAUUUUGUUAUUAGACACUCAGGCGCUUGUUGUUGUGCGACUUUGGAAGGGGUAUCGUGAUGCCUCUUGUCUUUUCGUUGAGAUGCUAGUUAACAGAGAUAAAGCAUCAUCAAGUUCCAGAUGUUACGAGUAUACAAAAAGUGACUAUUGCUUGUGUUUAGCAAUUCAUGCACCUCGUAAGGAGAUAAUUGAGAUUUGGAAGAUGCGAACCGGACCUCGCCUUCUAACCAUCCAGUGCCCUAAAGGAAGCAAAAUUCUUCAGCCAUCAACUAGGUUUGUGUCGUCGUCACAAACGCCAUAUAUCCCUUUGGAAGUUUUCAUAUUAAAUGGAGAUUCUGGCCAACUGUCAGUUUUGAAUAGAUGUGUUGUCUAGCAAAAAGGGUUCUAUGUCUUUUGUCCACGAUGUCUCGUCUAUAGCCAUUUUUUGUAUAUCUUGGGCUCAAAUAUUUGAGAAUUGAAAACUGCUUUCUGGCACCGAUGAGGCCUAAAAUGUAGGGUACCUACUGUUACCAUGUUUGUUUUCGUCGAUUA